UUUCGUCCGCAUUUUCUUUGAUCUCGUGAUGUUUUGAUCUGAUCAAUGCAUUACGGAGGGUAAAGCAUUCAUGUCGGAUCAGAAAAAAUCGGGGGAGAGAGGCUUGGGGGCUGAUCGUGUGGAAGAGGGGUAUGGGGCAACCACACCGGGAUCUUCAAAGCCGGCAGCGCAGCAGCGUGGGGCUCUGUCGCAGUCCAAUUCGCCACCGCAGCAGCGCAGCUCUCACCCAACGCAACAUUCACCACAGUUGUAUUCCUAUGGGCAAUAUCCACAUGCGGGUCAGGUAGGGGGGUCUUCGCAACAGCCUCAUGUGGGAUCCGCUCCGGCGUACUAUCAUCAGCAAAGUCACCUUGCACCGCAGCGACAACUUCCGCAUUCAAUGUACAAUCCACGAAGCUCGUCUCGUCAGGUAACUCCAGACGAACGACAGUAUUUGUACUCUGGGUACAGAUCGCCUAUCGGAUCUUCUCUACAGCGGACGCUUCAUAGUCCCGCCGACAGCAACCGUUCCCCAACGAAGAGGCCUCGGCAGUCGAAAGCAACGCCUUCAACUAUUGCAUCUUCCUCUCCAGGAGCUUAUUCGCUAGGGUCUCUAUAUCGACCGAGUCCGUCGGGAUCUUUACAGUCAGGCACCCCCACUUCUCUGGGAAGUGCGCGAAGCGAUUCUGCGUUGUUGGCGUUGACGAAAAAGUUUCGCCAUUUGCUGAGAUGCGCACCGGGCAACCGCCUUGAUUUGAAUAGAGCUGUGCAGGAAAUGAGGGUACAAAAGCGCCGGAUUUAUGACAUUACCAACGUUUUGGAAGGUAUUGGGCUGAUUACCAAGGAUAGCAAAAACCUUGUAUCCUGGAACAACGAUCCUCAGAUUGGACUGUCUCGAGCGGAGGAGCCGACUCCUGUUGCGACAGACAAUUCUCUGACUGAAGUAGCUCGUCAAGGGCAAGGGUCGUCGUCGGCCCAGCGUAUCGAACAACUUCGCCAAGAAUCGGAUUCUCUGCUCGAGGAAGAUCAAAAGCUUGAUAGAAUACUCGACUUUUUGACCGAGCAGUCGAGGCAGUUUUCAAAUGAAAGGUCUGCCCCCGAUAGUGCUCGGCCUCCGCGUCAUUUAACUUAUCUACCACAAGAGGUUGACGAUGCGGAACAGCUAAUGCAUGUACGAUACUCAGACAUUACGAGCCUUGCUAUUUACGACAACGACACCAUUAUUGGAAUUAAAGCUCCGAUCGGAACAAACCUUGAGGUCCCUGAUCCAGAUCAAGGGAUGAGACCUGGUAUGAGACGUUACCAAAUGUACUUGAACAGCACAACAGUCCCCCCAGGCCAACCGAUCGGUGGGAGCGGCGGACCUAUAAACGUUUACCUCGUCAGGCCUCAGGUGUUACCAGGAGGUACCGGUGGCGAGCCGCAAUGGGACGAGGGACGCGAGACUGGCCCAUCGGUAGCAGGUGCCUACGUUCAGGGCACUCCAGCUCCGUCAAGCUCGGUUCCAGGUGAGACUUUGACAGAAGCUUCGCGUUCGAGGCGAAAGGCUCCGUAUUCUGCCCACUCCGAAGCGCACUCUAGUCAUUCGGCCUACAUGCCUCCGUACUCUGAGGCGGACUGGGGUCCGCCUCCCCAUCCUGAAUACCCGAAUUCGCCGUACUACCCCAUGUCAACCGACGAUAGCAAAAAACGGCGAAUUGAUGCGGUAUCUUCUGACUCUCCUAUCCGCAAGAAACCAAAUCCUAGUUCCAAAAGUCUCACGCACCCGCCACAGGAGGCUGAUGUCGAAGGGGGUAAAUCUCCUCUUUCUCCGAAGCCUCGAUUGACGCCCGACCGAGCUCGACAAGGAGAUUCUAACGAGUUUCUUGGAGGACAGUAUUCGAUCGAUUUCUCGCCAACUCCAGGUGGGGUUCAGACUACGGCGUCUUGGGCUCUCUCAUCUCCUUGGGGUCGAUCGCUGUCCUACCAUCAUCAAGAAAGUUCCCGUAGUGGACAUUUUGGCCCACCCACUCCUAUUGCAUCAGGGACUCCAGGAGAUAGACCUCCAACUCCAAAUUCUUCACAACAGGAUCUGUACCACAUGCCGUUGCAAUCUCCGACAUUAAGAGGCUUCUUUCACUCUGGGUUUCUGUCUUCCCCGUCCAGUAAUGUUCACCUCGGAAUGAGCCCCAUGCCUGGACUCAUAGAUCCAGGAGUAUCCAAUGAUGCACACUUUCCCCUGCCUUCGUUUCACAGCGAAAACCACCGUGCGGGAACGAUCUCAAUGCGCGAACGCCGCUUUCCUGAACGCAGUGAUUCUGAUCCGGUCGAACCACCAGAAGUACCACGCCGUUCUCGUAGGCCACCUCGCUAAUGCGUUCCUCUUUUCGUCAUUAUCUGUUAGUCUAUGCCCAAAGUACUGUUUUUAGAACACCUAGUUCA